AACGCGCGCCACAUUGAAAGCUUGCGACAUGCCGCGAAGCGGUUCAGUCGCGCGCCAGCUUUCAUGCGGGUGGUAUCGUUUUCUCGUUUUUCCCGUCGUUGUUCUCCUGUGGUGUAUCGUGACGAGCACAAAAAACCCCGCGUAGGCGUGGUGAACAUUCACGCGUUGGCGCACAGACUCGAACCACGCGGAUCUAACCGAAUAAGAAAACCGUGGCGGACCCGAGGUGUCGGUAGUCGAAAACGAUCGGGAACGCGCCUCGACGUGUUCGCGUCUGUCCUCGAAAAUUGGAAUAGUCGAGGGUCGGCGUUUUGCUACUCUUGGACCAGUGUCAGAUCUCGGUCGAUCAGCGCGCAGCGGGAAGAUCCCCGGCUUGCCCGGCUGUACGAGAUCGUUCCCGUAGUGAAGUUUCGCCCGUACCUUUAACACCCCGGCUAUUGCCGUUCUCUAUCGUGGAAACGGUGUCGAACGGAGAAUCGAGUGAUCCGUUUCCAUCAGGAAAAAAGACACCAAGAUCGUCGUCUUACGUCUCCCGCAUAGGGGUGAUCAUUGAAAAUUGCGGAUAGACCAAUUAUAUCUUCGUAUAUCUGUGAUGUGCGUGUGAGCAAUGGAGUCACCAGUCAUGUACGAUUCAGCGGCCCAUCAGGCCCAGGCCCAUGGCGCGGCCGAUCUCAAGAAGUCCCAAGUACUGAACAACAACAACAACAAUCACCAGAGCAACAACAACAACAACAACGCGCCAAACAAUAACAACAACUCUGCCCUGCAGGUGAAUCAUAAUCACAAUCAGCAGCAGAACAGCGCGGUGGUGAGCAAGGUCUCGGCGAGCAAGGCUAGCCUUCACCAACAGUACGCGGAACAUUGCGCCGCGGCCGGCGAGCUGACGGACCUGAAUACGCCGGAGAUAUCGUUAGAUCUGCAGCACCUGAUCGACGAUAGCCACUUCAACGACGGCUUGUUGGACAUGCUGGGCGCGAACAACGGAGCCGUAAAGCAUGUCAGAACCUCCGGUUAUCCGCGCACCACGCUGGCUUACAUGCCGCAGCCGGUACACAGUGGGGCAAGUUACCAUCAAGGCAGCAACAGUUGCAGUGACAGUAACAGCUCCAGUUCUGAGUCGCCCAGCAUCAAGGAGGAACCACUGGACCCAGCGGAAUACCGUCGCCACUGCCCACAGUAUCCACCAGGUGGAUACAGUCCAGUUACCAAUGGACCGUUUGCCAACGGUGCGCCGACAUUCACCACCCUGACACCGUCCACGGUACCCGGUGGUCAUCCGGGCGCGCCGGUCCACCAACCACCGCCUAGGGGUGGUCCGAUGAAGCCGGUAAUGGCGCAUCAGCAUCACGCGAACACCGCGGCAGCCGCUGCCAGGAAACAGACCAAGGCCAUCGACAAGGCGAGCGACGAAUACAGGAGACGACGCGAGAGGAACAACAUCGCCGUAAGGAAGAGCCGCGAGAAGGCGAAGGUACGAUCGCGGGAGACCGAGGAGAAGGUGAAGCUUCUCGUGAAGGAUAACGACCUGCUCAAAAAGAGGAUCGAACUGUUGACGGAGGAGCUGAACGUACUCAGAUCCCUGUUCAGCAGCGUCGGCGUGGUACCGGAACAGCUACAUCGUGAGAUCUCGAGGCACCUCGAUCAGUUCCAGCAGCACGCGGUGGGGCCCAUGUAGCGCACGAAGUCGCGUCCGGUCAGCGCGUUGGUGUCGCGCUGUCGCCCCUUUCUCUCAUCCACCGGCGUCGACCUUCGGCCCGUGACUUUCGGCCCGAUACGAUUGUGAGGGGAGAGUCAUUAUUGGCUGCCAACUUCCGAUUUCCGGGGCUACGGCUCUCGAUCCUUUCGCGCCGUCCGAGUCGAACGCAGAGGGAAAAAUAGAGAACCGGUCGUGCAUACGUAAAACGUUCGCGGCUCGAACCGACGAACGGUUACUGCGUCUUUGUCUUAAUUCCACAAGUGGAGAACACGCCGCGGUACACGUGCACAGCUCGAGAGAGCUAGCCGCGCCGCUCGUGGAGAACCGAAUAGACGUGGAGGUAACGGAGAACGGAGACAGACGGAUAGACAGAUGAACGCAGAGAGGGAUAGGUAGAGAGAGGAAGAGAGAACGAGCGAAGGAGAAAGAGGGAGAGGCCGUGACUCGAUCGAAGAACAGGGCCUCGCCGUUUCUCCUGGGGAGAGCUUUUCGGCAGCUCACGGUCGACGAGUUCGUGUGGAAGAAAAGUGCCUCCGCUCAUGGCGAACUAUUUUACACCGAGUGCACCGGACACUUUCCCCUCCCCCAGAACCCCAUCAUACCGCCCGUCACCCACAAAUUUCCGUCUCUGUACAAAAUAGAAACAAAUGAACGGAAGAAAGAGAGAAGCCACGCGUGGUGCCGCUACGUGGAGAUCGCCUUCGAGGAUCCGGACACGAGUACACCGCGAGAAAAAUUGUAUUUUCUAUCCGAAACUAGAAAUCUUCGGGACCCGUACUAUCGAUUCUUUGUUUCUUCUAAUUUUACUCCCUUAAUUUUUCGUAUCUAAACUUCAUUUCUUUUUUUGCAACUACGUAAAGACUGGGUGGUUGGUAAUGCCGCGCGUGUUUUUUUCGCGGGUUCGCCACCUCAUUCGAUCGCGUAAUUCGCAACAUGUUGCGACUACGAACAAAUCACGCGUCGAUGUGUACAAGCGCAUCAAUCACACUCCCACAGACACACGGACUCGAUUCGUGCACGGCGAGCGCGACACCGAGCAUGCGUGCGCGCGGAACCGCUCGUAUACGUGACGCGAAUAAGUGAGUUCGUUCGCAUAAAUCAUCGAUCUUCUCAGCGUUAUACAUUUUCGAUGCAUCUUCCAUAAACGUUCGAAGGCGUACACAACCGAUACGUUAGAAAACAUGCACGCACAGGCGGAACCAGGCGCGAAACAAUGAUCACCGGGGAGGAGCGCGCACGCGCGCACGUAACGCCGCUGUCCCGUACCGGAUUUGUUUUUCAAACAACUCAAUUAGAUUUAUUGUUUCCCAUUUACCAAGUACCUUGAACAAUGAAGCAUACCGAGACACCGAAAAACCGUGAUGUAUCAGUAUCGGUGCGAUAAAACGGCGUAAAAAUGUCACCGAUCGUUUCCACGAUCCGCACGCGUGUAUCGUAUUUUCUCGACAGAAGAAGAACGCGGAACCGCGAUCAUCCGAACGAAACAAGCGUAACAUGUUUAAAAGAAAAAAACCAAGAAACCAAUAUACAAAAAAAAAAUGAUCACUCUUACAACACGCCCUUGUAUUAUAGCUCUAUAUUAAUUUUAUUAUUAUUCGAGAGAUGUAUGUACAUAAAAAAAAAGUUAAUAUAUUUUGUUAGAGAAAAGAAAAGCGAGAUAUGUUCGUGCUUUUUGCGAGUCGGAGCGAGCGAGUGCGAGAGAGCGAAUGUAUUUGUGAAUAAGAGCGACAGGAGGAAUCGGAAAUAAACAUAAUUGUUAAUUAGACUUGCGCGCAUGUGUCCGACAAACAAUCGUUAUAGUUAUACAUUUUAAUGCGGAAGCAUGCUAGAGAUUACAAUGUGUGCGAGAGACAAAGAGCGAAUGAGUGAGUGAGAAUGAGAGAGGGAAUGAGAGAGAGAAAUUCUAUAUUUCGCCGACGUUACCUGGGACUCGGUCCAACCGAGCCCCUCACACCUUGAGUUACCGUAAAAUCGCGUGAAGCGGGCUUCAUUUUAUUAAGUCUUUUUUUUCGUCCUUCCUCGUUCGUAGAUUCGAUCGUGUGCGAGAGAACGAUAUUUGUUACUACCUUAUAUACGUACUUGUGCGACAAGUUUAAUCAUUUUUCUUCUUUAAUUCUUAUCUUUUUUUCUCUUUUCUAAGACGUUUUGUCGGGUCUCUCGGUGAUGCACGACUCAAAACGGCGCGUGCACGCCUGCAUCGACGCGCACGCCCGCGAGCUACGUUUCUGCGCGCAUGCACGUGCACGCGUUUCUUGGCGUAUGACUGAUGUAUGUUAGGUACGAGAUUACCUGUCACGGUUGUCUUCUUGUCUAUGCACAAAUAUAUUUUGAUAUAAAAAAAAAUUGCACGUCUAUUUUGCUCAUCCUUCGUCCAUUCUCCUUCCUGCCUUCAGUCUACACUCAGCGG